AUGGCUCCAACUUUUACAAAUUCAAAUGGUAAUCCAAUUCCUGAACCAUUUGCAACUCAAAGAAUUGGUAAACAUGGUCCUUUAUUAAUUCAAGAUUUUAAUUUAUAUGAUUCAUUAUCUCAUUUCGAUAGAGAAAGAAUUCCUGAAAGAGUUGUUCAUGCUAAAGGUUCAGGUGCUUUUGGUGUUUUUGAAGUUACCGAUGAUAUUACUGAUGUUUGUGGUGCUGGAUUUUUAGAUACUGUUGGUAAAAAAACUAGAAUUUUUACAAGAUUUUCAACUGUUGGUGGUGAAUCUGGUUCUGCUGAUACUGCAAGAGAUCCAAGAGGUUUUUCAACUAAAUUUUAUACUGAAGAAGGUAAUUUAGAUUUAGUUUAUAAUAAUACUCCAGUUUUUUUCAUUAGAGAUCCAUCAAAAUUUCCUCAUUUUAUUCAUACUCAAAAAAGAAAUCCAGAAACUCAUUUAAAAGAUCCAAAUAUGUUUUGGGAUUAUUUAGUUUCAAAUCCAGAAUCUGUUCAUCAAGUUUGUAUUUUAUUUUCAGAUAGAGGUACUCCAGCUUCUUAUAGAGAAAUGAAUGGUUAUUCAGGUCAUACUUAUAAAUGGCAAAAUAAAAAAGGUGAAUGGUGGUAUGUUCAAGUUCAUUUUAUUUCUGAUCAAGGUAUUAAAACUUUAACUAAUGAAGAAGCUGGUCAAUUAGCUGGUUCUAAUCCAGAUCAUGCUCAAGAAGAUUUAUUUAAAAAUAUUGCUGCAGGUAAUUAUCCUUCAUGGACUUGUUAUAUUCAAACUAUGACUGAAGCUCAAGCUAAAGAUGCUCCAUUUUCAGUAUUUGAUUUAACUAAAGUUUGGCCACAUAAAGAUUAUCCAUUAAGAAGAUUUGGUAAAUUUACUUUGAAUGAAAAUCCAAAGAAUUAUUUUGCUGAUGUUGAACAAGCUGCUUUUUCACCAGCUCAUACUGUUCCAUAUAUGGAACCAUCAGCUGAUCCAGUUUUACAAUCUAGAUUAUUUUCUUAUACUGAUACUCAAAGAUAUAGAUUAGGUCCAAAUUAUUAUCAAAUUCCAAUUAAUUGUCCAGUUGCAGGUACUGUUUUCAAUCCUCAUGUUAGAGAUGGUGCUAUGACUGUUAAUGGUAACUUAGGUUCAACUCCAAAUUAUUUAGCUUCAGAUGAACCAAUUAAUUUCAGAAGUCAUUCAUUACAAGAAGAUCAAGAAGUUUGGGAAGGUGCUGCAACCCCAUUCCACUGGAAAGCAACUGAUGCUGAAUGGACUCAAGCAACUGCAUUAUGGAAAACUUUAGCUAAAUAUCCAAACCAACAAGAACAUUUAGCUCAUAAUGUUUCAGUCCAUGUAGCAGGUGCUGAUGCAAGAAUUCAAGAUAAAGUAUUUGAAUAUUUCUAUAAAGUUGCACCAGAAUUAGGUAAUGCUAUUAAAAAAGAAACUUUAGAAUUAUCACCAAGAAAAUAA